CUCAAUCCCUGCCCACCUACUGUGAGGAACAGCUCCGCCCACCUGUCCAUAAAAGCCAAGUGCAAGUUGCCCGCAGAACGCAGAGGAUCAGAGCCCGCCCUCGGUCCUCUCCGUGGGAGCCCGAGUCCCCGUCCCCCAGAUCUGAGGAGCUCAAGAAGCUGUUCCGGAAAUAAAGUAAAUCCUGAGAAGAGACAGGACCCAGCUCCAAAGGUAUUACAAGAAGAGUCAAACAAGGACUUUGGUCCUCGAUUCUACAGGCCAGCCAAGCCUAAAUAGUUUCUCUGUGAAGCUCUGGCUAUCCUGCAACUCACUUUGUAGGCCAGACUGGCCUCGAAUCCAGAGAUCCAUCUGCCUCUGCUGGGAUUAAAGGUGAUGGCUGUACCACCUGGGCCUCUACAGCUGCUGGGAAUACUGCUUAUCACUGCCCUGAGCUCCAUCAGGAUCACUCAGGCCGGUGCCUACUAUGGAAUCAAGCCGCUGCCACCUCAGCUUCCUCCUCAGAUACCACCACAAAUUCCACAGUACCAGCCCCUGGGCCAGCAAGUACCUCACAUGCCUUUGGGCAAAGAUGGCCUUUCCAUGGGCAAGGAGAUGCCCCACAUGCAGUAUGGCAAAGAGUACCCACACUUGCCCCAAUAUAUGAAGGAAAUCCAACCUGUACCAAGAAUGGGCAAGGAGGUGGUACCCAAGAAAGGCAAAGGAGAAAUACCCUUAGCCAGUUUGCGAGGAGAACAAGGUCCCCGUGGAGAACCUGGACCAAGAGGACCACCUGGACCGCCAGGUUUGCCGGGUCACGGAAUGCCUGGAAUCAAAGGAAAACCAGGGCCCCAGGGAUAUCCAGGAAUUGGAAAGCCCGGUAUGCCUGGAAUGCCUGGGAAGCCAGGAGCCAUGGGAAUGCCAGGGGCAAAAGGCGAAAUUGGACCCAAAGGGGAAAUCGGGCCUAUGGGUAUCCCAGGGCCACAAGGACCUCCAGGACCUCAUGGACUUCCUGGCAUCGGGAAACCGGGUGGGCCAGGGCUACCAGGGCAACCAGGAGCAAAAGGUGAGAGAGGGCCCAAAGGACCACCAGGACCUCCCGGCCUUCAGGGUCCCAAAGGAGAGAAGGGCUUCGGGAUGCCUGGCUUGCCAGGUCUGAAGGGUCCUCCAGGUAUGCAUGGCCCUCCUGGCCCAGUUGGGCUACCGGGAGUAGGAAAACCAGGAGUGACGGGCUUCCCUGGACCCCAGGGCCCCCUGGGGAAGCCAGGGCCUCCAGGGGAACCUGGACCACAAGGCCUUAUUGGUGUACCAGGAGUUCAAGGGCCUCCUGGUUUGCCUGGAGUUGGAAAGCCGGGCCAGGAUGGGAUCCCUGGCCAACCAGGAUUUCCAGGUGGUAAAGGGGAACAAGGACUGCCGGGGUUGCCUGGACCCCCAGGUCUCCCGGGGGUCGGAAAGCCAGGCUUCCCAGGACCCAAAGGGGACCGGGGUAUUGGUGGUGUUCCUGGGGCUCUUGGGCCAAGAGGGGAAAAGGGACCAGUAGGUGCUCCUGGAAUGGGGGGUCCCCCGGGAGAGCCAGGCCUACCCGGAAUCCCAGGUCCCAUGGGCCCUCCGGGUGCUAUUGGUUUCCCUGGACCCAAAGGAGAAGGUGGGAUUGUAGGGCCACAGGGUCCGCCAGGUCCCAAGGGUGAGCCAGGCCUCCAAGGCUUCCCCGGGAAGCCAGGUUUUCUUGGUGAAGUGGGUCCCCCUGGCAUGAGGGGUUUGCCCGGUCCUAUAGGACCCAAGGGAGAAGCUGGUCACAAGGGGUUGCCAGGGCUUCCUGGUGUGCCGGGACUGCUUGGACCCAAGGGAGAACCAGGCAUCCCCGGGGAUCAGGGGCUACAGGGGCCCCCAGGGAUUCCAGGGAUUGCAGGACCGAGUGGCCCUAUUGGACCACCUGGGAUUCCAGGCCCCAAAGGAGAACCAGGCCUCCCAGGGCCCCCUGGGUUCCCUGGCGUAGGGAAGCCAGGAGCAGCAGGACUUCACGGUCCCCCGGGGAAACCUGGUGCUCUUGGGCCACAAGGCCAGCCUGGCCUUCCCGGGCCCCCAGGCCCUCCAGGGCCCCCAGGCCCCCCAGCUGUGAUGCCGCCUACGCCGCCACCCCAGGGAGAGUAUCUACCGGAUAUGGGACUCGGAAUUGAUGGAGUGAAACCUCCACACGCCUAUGCGGGCAAGAAGGGCAAGAACGGAGGGGCAGCCUAUGAGAUGCCCGCGUUCACGGCCGAGCUGACCGCUCCCUUCCCGCCGGUGGGGGCCCCGGUGAAGUUCGACAAGCUGCUCUACAACGGCAGGCAGAACUACAACCCGCAGACCGGCGUCUUCACCUGCGAAGUUCCGGGGGUCUACUACUUUGCUUACCACGUUCACUGCAAGGGAGGCAACGUGUGGGUUGCUCUCUUCAAGAACAACGAGCCCAUGAUGUACACGUAUGACGAGUAUAAGAAGGGCUUUCUGGACCAGGCGUCUGGAAGUGCCGUGCUGCUGCUCCGGCCCGGAGACCGGGUGUUCCUCCAAAUGCCUUCGGAACAGGCUGCCGGACUGUACGCCGGGCAGUACGUCCACUCCUCCUUUUCAGGGUAUUUAUUGUAUCCCAUGUAAAAAAAGUAAAAAUAAAGAAAAAGAGAGAUUUACUAGAAGAAAAAGAAAAUGAGACACCAAAAAAAAAAAAUUCCAAUUGAAAAUAAUGCUUCAAAACAUUUAUAGAGUUGGGAAGUUAUAUUUAAGUGAAAGUUUGGACCAUCAUGUACAAAUAAAAAAAAAAAAACUAAGAUGCAUGUUUAAUACUGUGCACAGCAGGUUGUAACAGAAUGAUGGGACAGGUUGAUGGAUCAAGUACUGACACUUGUCUUGUACCCACUGGACUCAUAUUAGCUAUUGCAUGUUAUAUGAUUUCAUAACCUGCUUACUCAAAUCAGUCAAAAUAUGAUAGUCUGGAAUAUCAUAGCUAAUGAAAGUCAUCCAUUCCUUGUGCUCUCUUUUAAAAAGUAUUUUGAAUAUGCCUGGAGAGGUUAGUGGUGACAGUCACAUACUGUAUUUAUUUGCAUAAUUUCCUACUUGUUCAGAGGUUUUGCUGUGGGAUGUCGGAGGGUUGUUCUGUAGUGCAGAAACCAUGGUAAUCUCUAGUCCAAAGAUAUUUCUCCAUGUUAGAGGCUGUGCGUUUAGCUGCGGGACUACCUAGUCAGAAUUGUGUGUGUGUGUGGUCUCCCCAAAAGUGCAGGUGUAUCAAUGGCCCAUUGUGUAUUUGCUCAGCACUCUCUUUGCUGAGCACUGGGUGAGAUGCUGGUAUGUGACACAGGGCAGAGCCCACAGGAAUUCAUAAUUUAGCCCAGAGACAUUGCUGUAUUAACACAUCUAAAAGGUUUCAGUUUGGCACUUUUCUGUAACUUUAUUUUCUCCUCCUCCUCCUCCUCCUCUUCUUCUUCUUCCAUCCAUCCAUGUAAUUUAUAAUAUGGCCUAAUCAGUAUAAACAAAAAAUUUAAAAGCCUUCCCUCAAAUAACUUUACCACUUUGUGAACAUUUAUUAUUAAUAGCAAUUAUAGGUUGAUUUACACACAUAAAAAAACACCCUAAUUUGCCCACACAGCCAACUGUAGUAAGAUUUCAACUUGUCUGCAUGUUUUAGUGGCUCUGAUUUUUUUCCCCAUGAACUAUGAAUUUUAUAGAUAUGUCAUCUGAGGGUCCAAAGUCACUUGCCAAAAUCCAAGCCAUUUUUUUUUAAUUUGGGAAAAAGCAUUCAGAAUUACUUAGAAAAAAAAUUAUAUUUUAAAAGAGUAAUUAUAAGGUUUGAUAUUUAAAAGCAGGUGUGUUGUGUCCAGCAUAGGAACUAAAAUUGUAGGACGAUAACUGUUUCUUUAACAUCAGCCUGUGGAGGAGAUAGCUGGAAUGUCAUAAAGCAAUGGCACCCCAUGCCUAGAAUGUCACCGCACACUCAGUGCCACAGCCAGAACAUGUUUGAAAGGAGAAUUUUUUUUUUUUUUAUAUUCUCACUAGGGCACAUACUAGGUUCUUUGGGCACUGCUCAAAGCACAAACAGUUGGAAGUUUACUGUUCAUUUGCUACUAGUUGCUUAGGGAACUAAUGUGGGACUACCGGGAUAAGAUCUAAUCUACUUUCCUCAAAAAUUAAAAGUCAGGAGUUGAAGAGAUAGACAUAGAUUGGAAAAUAUACAAAUAAAUACAGUAUACAACAUGGUCUAUUUCAAAUCUGAAUUAUUUUUACCACCACAAUUUUUCUUGUGCUGGCUUAAUAUUUGUCUUUUCCCUUUAUGAUGCACAGGCACCAUUUCUUCUUGCAUUUUAAGACAAACGUGUUUAUUAGCACAAGGUUUCUCAUUCAUUGUUAAUUAUUCAAAGCACUUUCUCAUCCAAAAGAUGUCCUACCUAGCCUUUACCUGCAAAGUAAUCAGCAUUUCUGUGGACAGCUCUCCUUGGGGUUGUUCCUGAGGACACUGGCUUGUAGCUGGUCACUAUAAAAGUCAUAUGGGUUCCUGGACUCUUUCUGCUAAAUGGCUACAUUGAAAUGAUCUGGAGGACAGUCAGGCCAGAUGGGUUGUAAAGUUGCUUUUAUCUGUGCAUGUAUGGUAUUUUAGUUUCCAUGAAGAAAGAAAUUAUCUAAGUUAAACCAAAUUUCACUUUUUGAGAUAUCUUCCAACUUAUUUAUUGGUUGUUACUCAAUUGCCUCUGUGUGUGUAUGCGUGCAUGUGCGUGUGUGUGUGUGUGUGUGUGUGUGUGUGUGUGUGUGUAUUAUCAGGCAUAUGCUUCUAAACUUUUACAUGGAGGAGGAGCAAAAUCUAUGCCGGAUACUGUAUAUUCUACCAUGGUGCUAAUAUCAGAGCUAAAUGAUACUCCAUUUAAUUUAAAGAAGAGUUUUAAAUAAUUAUCUAUGUACCUGUGUUUCCCUUUUGAGUGUUGUACAUCAUGUUAACACAUUAGUGUGAAAGCAGAUGAAACAACUAUAUGUUCUACAGUCUAGAAACAGUACUAUGAUCCCUAUUUAAUUCAAAGUUAACUAGAGCUUUUCCAUGUGAAAUAGACCAAAUGGCAUUGUUCUAUUUAAACAGAGAGUUUUAAAGCAGUAUGACAUCCCACAGGGAAAGAGAAUGUCUGUAGAGGAUAAUUGUCCUCAAGUAUUUUACAGAAACAAAGAAUGAUGAAAAGACUGGUAACUUGUUUGAGUUUCCAUGAAUAGAUUUGAGACUUAAAGGUAAAUCAAUUUUGUAUUUAAAUUUUUGUACUGAUUUGAAAGACAAAUCAUUAAAUAUCUUUAAAAGUA